AUGAAUUAUAAUUAUGUCUGUAUCGCUGCUGUACUGACGUUUAUCGAACUGCCCAUAUGUGUCAGUAAUUUAUGCGUCUCAAAUUGCUUGAAUGUUUAUCGUAAUUCAUUGCUGUUGGAUAAUGAUGGAAAAAAGCCACAAAGUAUCUCGGGAUUAUUAUCGUUUCAUGAUAUUAUAGAAAAUUCUGAAAAUACUAUUAAUGCAGCACGUCAUGUUCACUGGGCCUGCUCCUCUUUUGAUGACUACAAAAAUUGUCUGUCUAAGUGCUCGCUGUGCCGAGAACGAAGUCUUCGCAUAAUCAGUGCACUUCCAUGGAUAGCAAUUUGUCGUCGAACUAAAAAUCAAGGAUUUAUGUCGUUUCUAUCCUGUCAGCGGUCUCAUCUUGCAAAGGUUAAAGAAAGAUGUGAAAAAGUACAGCAGCCAUCACUUGAUGCACCUGCUACCUUUUGUAGGAAUCUUUCUGUAUACAGACGAUGCUAUAACAAGGUGACCAGAAACUGUAGCAGAGACGCUCGAAAGAUUUGGCGAGCUGUCGAUGAAGCCUUAAUCGAUUCUUAUAAGAAGUUGUUGUGGUAUGACGCAAAUAAAACUGAGAUACCAAAAAAAUGUCUUUGGUUACGAAAAAUGCGAAAGAAAAUUUCGAACGAAGAAACGGAGAAGACAGAUUUACAAAAAACUGUCGAAGAGGUUCCUUCAGAGCCAGUUAACAGUCAAGAAAAAUCAAAAAAAAUUGAGGAAACUUGGAACAGCGACAGCAGUGAUACUUUUAGCCUUCCAUAUAUAGAUCCUUUUGAAGAAACGUCUGCAGAAAAAACUUCUAGCUACAGCAACUAUGUGGAUUAUUGGAUUUUACCGGAUGAUUCAACGGAAGAAAGUUCCGUAGAGGCAAAAAAAUCUGACGUAUCGUCGCUUCUUGAUACGGUCAACCUGACUGCAAAUCAAGACAAGCGAUCAUUGCUACAUGGGUCUGCAAACGCCACAUAUGAUCGUUCUGAGGCUUCUGCAGAUUUAAAUGAGCCUUCUGCAGCCAUUUGCACUGUACAGUGUCAUUACACUCAACAUCUUUUGAGAUUAAUUUCCUUAACAUUAAGUUUUAACUUCUAUCUUUUUAUUUUACUAGCUCUAAAUGCGAUAGGCUUGUAA